AUUAACCUACUCCCUACCCUCACACUAACCACCUUUCUUAUUCUCAUCGCACCUGUUAUAAUAUAUACCUCAAAAACCCACCAUACCAACCAAUAUCCAAAUUACGUAAAAACAUCCAUCAUGUACUCCAUGCUAACCCACUUAGCCCCAGCUACCAUACUCAUUUGAUCAGGACAAGAGACGAUCAUCUCAAACUGACACUGAAUAACUAUCCAAACCAUGAAACUUACCCUAAGCUUUAAGCUAGACUACUUCUCACUAACAUUCAUCCCAGUAGCACUCUUUGUAACAUGAUCUAUUGCAGAAUUCUCAACAUGAUAUAUACUCUCAGACCUCAACAUCAACCGCUUUCUCAAAUACCUACUCCUAUUUCUUAUCACCAUGAUCACCCUAGUAACCGCUAACAACCUACUCCAAUUGUUCAUUGGAUGAGAGGGGGUGGGCAUUAUAUCUUUCCUACUGAUCGGAUGGUGGUACGGACGAGCCGACACCAACACGGCAGCACUCCAAGCGGUCCUGUAUAACCGCAUCGGAGACAUCGGCUUCGUCCUAGCCAUAGCAUGAUUUCUAACCCAUUCUAACUCAUGAGAACUCCAACAAAUUUUUAUACUUAACCUAAACGAAAACACCCUUCCCCUCCUAGGCCUACUCCUAGCAGCAACAGGAAAAUCCGCCCAAUUCGGCCUACACCCGUGAUUACCUUCAGCCAUAGAAGGACCUACUCCAGUAUCCGCAUUACUGCACUCCAGCACCAUAGUAGUAGCGGGCAUCUUCCUACUCGUACGAUUCCACCCCAUACUACAAAACAACAGCCCAAUCCUCACACUAACCAUAUGCUUAGGAGCUAUCACCACCCUAUUCACUGCAAUCUGCGCCCUAACACAAAAUGAUAUCAAAAAAAUCAUUGCCUUCUCCACAUCCAGUCAACUAGGCUUAAUAAUAGUGACAAUCGGAAUUAACCAACCCCACCUAGCAUUUCUGCACAUUUGCACUCACGCAUUCUUCAAAGCCAUGCUAUUUUUAUGCUCUGGCUCCAUCAUUCACAACCUAAACAAUGAACAAGAUAUCCGAAAAAUAGGAGGGCUAUUCAAAACCCUCCCACUCACCACAUCCUCCCUUAUCAUUGGAAGCCUAGCAUUAACCGGAAUACCAUUCCUUGCAGGAUUCUACUCCAAAGACCUAAUCAUCGAAUCAGCAAACACGUCUAAUACCAACGCCUGAGCCCUCCUAAUCACUUUAAUUGCCACCUCCCUCACAGCCAUGUACAGCACACGCAUCAUCUUCUUCACUCUACUCAACCAACCACGCUUCCAAACCCUAACCUCGAUCAACGAAAACAACCCCUCCCUCCUUAAACCCAUUAAACGCCUAAUACUGGGCAGUAUUUUCGCAGGAUUCUUAAUCUCCAACAACAUAACACCAAUGACAACCCCCCAAAUGACAAUACCAACACACCUAAAACUAUCAGCACUAACAAUCACCAUCUCCGGAUUUCUAGUAGCCAUAGAACUAAACCAACUGACACGCAACUUACAACUUAAAGCCCCGUCUCACCCCUAUACAUUCUCUAACCUACUAGGCUUCUUCCCAACCAUCAUACACCGAACACCACCACACCUCACCCUCAGCAUUAGUCAAAACUUAGCGUUAACCCUACUAGACUUAACCUGACUUGAAAAAACAGCCCCAAAAGGCCUAUCCCGACUUAACCUUCUAGCCUCAAACAACAUCUCCAACCAAAAAGGACUAAUUAAACUCUACUUCAUCUCUUUCCUCAUUUCACUACUCCUUAUACUACUCCCACUAACCUACCACCUCGCGUAA